CACCUCAGAAUGGCUGGCUCACCCAAACGUGUGAUAUCCAGGCUGUACCAUGCCUUUCAGGGGGUGGGAGGCGGCGCAACCUGAAGAAGUAGCGUGUUAUUAAAGCGCAGGGCUACACAAAUUGUACGAGCAGAGCUGCGAGAACCGAGUACCUGUUUUCUUGUGGGUCUAUUAUCCUAAUGAUGUUUGAGAUUAAAAAAAUCUGCUGUAUUGGUGCCGGAUAUGUUGGAGGGCCAACCUGCAGUGUUAUUGCACAGAUGUGUCCUGAAAUUGAAGUCACUGUUGUGGAUGUGAAUGAAUCCAGAAUAAAAGCAUGGAAUUCAGACACACUUCCCAUUUAUGAGCCUGGCCUGAAAGACGUUGUAGAAUCCUGUCGAGGAAGAAACCUUUUCUUUUCCACUGAAAUAGAUGCUGCCAUUAGAAAUGCUGACCUGGUCUUCAUUUCUGUAAACACACCAACAAAAACGUAUGGAAUGGGGAAAGGUCGGGCUGCUGACUUAAAGUUCAUUGAAGCUUGUGCUCGUCGAAUUGUGGAAGUUUCUGAUGGCUACAAAAUUGUUACUGAAAAGAGCACUGUGCCAGUGAGAGCCGCAGAGAGCAUUCGACGCAUUUUUGAGGCAAACACAAAGCCAAACCUUAAUCUGCAGGUGCUGUCCAACCCUGAAUUCCUUGCUGAGGGCACAGCAGUACGAGACCUGAAAAAUCCAGACCGUGUCCUCAUUGGAGGAGAUGAUAGCUCAGAGGGGCAGAAAUCUAUCCAGGCUUUGUGUGCGGUUUAUGAACACUGGGUUCCUAAGCACAAAAUUCUGACUACUAAUACAUGGUCCUCAGAACUCUCCAAACUGGCAGCAAAUGCAUUUCUGGCCCAGAGGAUCAGUAGUAUUAAUUCUAUCAGUGCUCUCUGUGAAUCCACUGGGGCUGAUGUUGAGGAAGUAGCCAAGGCAAUUGGAAUGGACCAGCGAAUUGGAAGUAAAUUCCUUAAAGCCAGUGUUGGGUUUGGUGGAAGCUGUUUCCAGAAGGAUGUCCUCAAUUUAGUAUACCUUUGUGAAGCACUCAACCUGCCUGAAGUUGCCACAUACUGGCAGCAGGUCAUUGACAUGAAUGAAUAUCAGAGAAGAAGAUUUGCUUGUCGAAUUAUUGACAGCCUCUUCAACACGGUUACUGGGAAAAAGAUUGCACUGCUGGGAUUUGCAUUUAAAAAAGACACUGGAGAUACAAGGGAAUCCUCCAGUAUUUAUAUCUCAAAAUAUCUGAUGGAUGAAGGUGCAAAGCUACAGAUCUAUGACCCCAAAGUAUUGAAAGAGCAGAUCAUUCAAGAUCUUUCACAUCCAAACAUUUCAGAAGACAACCCAGAGCGAGUAUCUCAGCUGGUCACGGUGACCAAUGACCCCUACGAGGCCUGUGAUGGCGCACACGCACUUGUUAUCUGUACAGAGUGGGAUAUGUUUAUAGAACUGGAUUAUGAGAAGAUCUACAACAAAAUGCUGAAGCCAGCUUUUAUAUUUGAUGGCAGAAGAGUUUUGGACAGCCUCCAUCAUAAAUUACAGAGCAUAGGAUUUCAGGUUGAAACCAUUGGAAAGAAGGUUGCCACUCAUAGGAUCCCUUUUACACCAACUGCUGGCAUUCCAAAAAUUAGUCUACAUGAGCCUCCAGCCAAGAAGGCAAAAGUGUAAAGAACUUGGCAAACCUCUUAUUUCCUGUACCACUAAUAAAUCUGCAGCUUGCAUAUCAUUCAGAAUAUAGUUCCAGAAUUUGUAGACCUGCUCAGUAGCAUUGUUUCUUUACUUAGGAUAUUAGACUUUUCACAUUGUGUUCUUGUUAGCUCCAACUCUCCACCACCUUCAGUUUUCUCUGCUGCUGUUUUACAUGUGACCCUCGGUUUAUCGUCUCCUUUUUUAGGAAGCGGAGCUGUCAAUAUGGUGGACUUAAAACAGAAUGGACUGAGUAUAACAGUUGAAAGAAAA